UUUCAUAUAGAGGUUUUUUGAAGCUAAGAUUUUAUAUUUGGAAUCGUUUUAUAUCGUAUAUUACCCUCCAAAUUUCACUCGUUUUCAUUGCGUUUUAUUCGCAAUAUUAAAAAUUUAUCUUAACAAUUUAAAUACUUGCAUCAAAUCUUUUGCAUUUUGUGAACUAUAAUUGGAAAAGAAAGAAAAUAUUUACAGAAACAAAUUUUUUAAAAAUUUUCUUGAAACUUUGUUGUACCAUAAAUUCAUAUGCUAACUAAAUGAAAUGGGCAAAACAUGAUAUAUUGCGGAACACCGAAGUUAUGCCAUGUGCAUGUGUAUGUAACCUCAACGUCAAAUAUUAAACAAUGGAAGGAAAUUGGAAAUCUCGUGUUAUUCUCGAGGAAUAUGGUAUACCGAACGAAUUCACAAUUCAAGUUGUAAGAGAGUCAGAAGAUGAACGAGAGUUAGAAUUUGACUUGAUAGGUUAUCCUGUUGGUUUUGCCAAUGCAUUUCGUAGAAUUCUUUUAAGCGAAGUACCAACUAUGGCCAUAGAAAAGGUUUAUAUUGUAAAUAACACAAGUGUAAUUCAAGAUGAAGUUCUAGCUCACAGGUUGGGUUUAAUACCACUUCGAGCUGAUCCAAGAUUAUUUGAGUAUCCUUCUAAUAAAGAUGAAGAUGAAGUUAGUGAUCAAGAUAGUCUAAGAUAUGAACUUAAAAUAUCCUGUACUUGGAAUCCACAAGCACCUAAAGAUUCUAGAAGAACAAAUGAUAUAUACAGAAAUAGCAAUGUAUAUAGCAAAGACAUUAAAUGGGUUCCCAUUGGACGUCAAGAAGAACUUUAUCCUCGAGGAGCGGAACAAUUAGGUGUUCUAGAAAAAGAUAUUUUAAUAUGUAAAAUGCGCCCCGGUCAAGAAAUUCAUCUUUUCAUGCAUGCAGUGAAAGGAAUUGGGAAAGAUCAUGCUAAAUUUUCUCCCGUAGCUACUGCAUCGUAUAGACUAUUACCAGAUAUACAACUAACAAAACCUGUUAGAGGAGAAAUGGCAGAUCGUUUGAAAAACUGCUUUAGCGUCGGUGUUAUAGAAGUAAUUGAAACUAAACCAGGUGAUUUAGAUUCCCGUGAAGCAAGGUUUGUAGCUUUAGAAUUACGGAUAAUGGGACUAGGAAUUUUACGAUGGAAAAUAUUAUUGAUUAUUGUAUCAGUUUUACUUCUUUGGCAAUCCUCGAAAGUGUGGUUGAGUUUCACUCAAGAGAAAUCUGGCAUAGAAGCACAGCUUCAGGACAACCAGGUGGUAACGUUAAACCAAAAAGAUGAUGAGAGUAAGCAAAAAGUUCAUAUAGCAGUAUAUUAUGAAGCACUAUGUCCAGAUUCUCGCAGUUUUUUCAUAAAACAGUUAUUGCCAAUGUAUCACAAAAUUCCAGAUAAUGUACAAUUAGAAUUUAUACCAUACGGGAAAGCUACGACUGUGAAAACCGAUAAUGGGUAUGAAUUUAUGUGCCAACAUGGACCUGUCGAAUGUGGAGCGAAUAUUAUUCAUGCAUGUUCCAUAAAUAUCCUAAAGAAUACUUCCAUUCAGUUAGAAUAUUUAUCUUGUAUGAUUAAAAACAACAUAGUACCAUGUUUUAUUGAAAAAAAAGGCAAAGAACUUUUGGCUAAAUAUGGAGAAUUAACAAAUGCUUUAACACCACAAAUUUCUUUCAUACCAACUGUUGUGUUAAAUGAAAGUUCUGAGAAUCAGGCAAGGAUAUUAAAAAAUUUACUACAAGAAGUGUGCCUACAUUUUAAAAUACUGCCAGAAGGUUGUAUAUUCUAAAGACAUACAAAAUAUUUACAAAACAUACUUCCCUGACAGAUAUGCAUGAAAUAUAGUAUUUUUUACAGAACUUUUUAUGCAUUUAAUGAAUGUUAAGAUUUAAAUAAAAAAUGUCUUCUAAAGUUUUAUUAACAAAAAGAAGUGAAAUUAAAAAUGUUAAUUUAAUUGAUUAAAUGAAUCAAGGAAGGACAUAUAUUUGUACUAAUAUGCAAUAGUUCGUAGAAUUAUUUAAGAAAUUUUUCAAUUUUAUUUAUUUAUUGAGAGAUUGAAAUUUUUGUAUUAUUUAAUGACAUAUAAUAGUAAUAUUGACUAAAAAAAUUCCAAAAUGAAAAAUCUAUGUUAUUAGCCCCUAAAUUACAUUUUAUGAUUAUUAAUAAUAAAUUAAAAUAUUUUAUUGUACUAUUUCUAUUAAUGAUAUAUAUGUAUAUAAAUAUCAAAAUUUGUUCAAAACGUAAUACUAUUUUAAUUUGAAACUGUAUUAUUAUAAAAUAAUAAUAUUAAUAAUAGUAAUAAAAUCAGUAAUACUUGAUUGCUCAGUUAUAAUGCAUUUUACACGCAUAUUGGAAUUUAUAAAUGGAAUAAAUUAAGUAAAUUAAUUCAACACGUAGAGUGGUAAUAUACAAAAAAAAUCAAUUUUGAAAAACGGAAAAACUUAUUCUCAUGUUUGAAAAAACAAGAGUUAAUCAAUACUUUAAUGUAUGGGAACAAUUUAUUAACUUAAUAUCAACACUUUAUACAAACUGUGUCGCUUCGUCAUGCACGAUAAGUGAAAUAUGCCUUUGAUAUGGCGGAAAAUAUCUCGCAUAGAAUAGAAAUUAUGAAUGUACAAAUCUCAAACACAGGAGAAAAGAAAUAUAGCGAAUAUUUCUUCUUUAGCCGAAUGAAUAAAUACAUUUAUUUGAAUUAUUUUUCAGAGAUAAACAUCAAAAAUAAAUAACUUCUUAUUCACGUCACGACGGAAUUUCGUAAAUAUCAUAUUUUAAUAUUUCAUAUAAUUUCGAAGAAAAGACUGAGAAUAAGAGGUGACUGAAGUAGAAUUUUCACUAUUUUAUUUGCGAGGAACAAAUGUUUUGAGAAACGACGUUUGAAGAAACGAGAACACGAUUUUGUAAUAGAUCUCAAGCUUUAGUUAUUCUUGAGAUACAAUACUGAUUUUUCUUUUUUUAAACUUAAUAUCGGUUCUUAGCGCUCGCUGUGAAGAACUUCUGUAAAAUUAUAGUUUAGACUAUGAAUGUAUAACUUUUGCGACACGAAUAUAAAAUUAAUAUUAAAUAUUGGAAUAUAUUUUUUUAACUUAGACUUAAACACUAACCGUCAAUGAUCGAUGAAACGAGCAAUAACUUGUUUAAGCAUUUAAAUAGAGAUGUUUUUUGAGUAAGUUCUAUAUCACCAUUUACAAAAGGACUUUAUCAUGAUUCCUCUUUCCAUUUUUUUGCAUCUUUACAAAGUGAGAACAUUUUCUCCGUAAACCGCUAAAUUUUAACUUUAUGUUCACAAUAACGAUAACAGCUAUCAGAACGAUCGCAAGUGAAGUAAAAUAGUUUUAAGAGCUCUCUUUUUGCGAUUCGUAUGCCUUAUAUCUUUAUAAAAGGCUUUCGAACCGAUGAAACUUCAUAGAUAUGUUAACGCGAAUCUUGACAGUGAAUUAUACACAUAGAUUUUUAGUUUGUCGGCAAACUAUUUCUAGAUGCCAUUGAAAAUGACGAUGAAGAUAAAAAUGGCUGAAACGAGAGGUCCAUUGGUUAAUGAAGGAAACGAAUUGAGUAGUUGUGACCUAAAAAUGAGGAUACAUUUAUUUUGUCUUUUUAUGAUCAAUGCGAUCUAGGUCACCAGAAAUACAAGUACUUCUCAUUUUGUUCACUUCAAUAUUAAAUAAUAAAGGACUGUGGAGGAAUUCUUUCUUCUUUUCUUCCUUUUUUUCGUAAAUUAGUUUAUAUAUAUAUAUAUACA